AUGUUUUCAAACUCCAUGAAUCACCAUUCGUUCCUCGUCCUUUCUACUCUGAGUCUGUGUUGGAUCUUGUUUUUCAUAUUUCAAUCCUCCUCAUCAUCAUCAUUCUCCUACGCAAAAACAACUCCUCUCUCACCUCCCUUUUCUUCUCGGAAUGAUAUUUUGCGCUUGACACCACCUGCUUUUAAGCAACAACAACCAAUUUUAAUUGAAUUUGAUCUAUAUGUCGAUUUAUUAUGUAGUGAUAGUGCAGCAUGGUGGACGAGUGUAUUCUCACAACUUGAUUCGUUUUAUUUUAGUAAUUCAACAAGUUCAACACCCAUUCGAAUGAAUCUAUAUUUGCUGCCAUUGCCAUAUCAUACAGCCUCGUAUUUGGGUUCCAUGACCUAUGUGGGUGUGAAUCGAUACACGAAUUAUGAUCAGAAUGUAUUGAAACGAAUGGUGAAUUCUUUUUUCACUAAUCAAGCACCCUUGUACAAUAAUAUUGUCAAUGACAUGACACAAUCACAAAUAAUGAAUUUAAUUUAUUCCAAUAAUAUUAAGAGUUUGAAUGUCAUUACGCAACAAGCCUAUAUGAAAUUAGUGAAUGAUCCUUCUAUUGAUAUGAGAACAAGAACUUUAUUUAAACUUUCGACAGCUACAGGCGUGUUUGCCACUCCAAGUUUUUAUGUGAACAAGGUUCCAGUAGAGAAUGGAGAAGAUUUUACUGCACAAGAUUGGAUUGCGUACUUUAAUCAAAUUUUGAGCAACAGUUUUUAG